UGGAUCGGAUCAAAAUUCUCAAUAAAAUUGAAGCGAGAAAAUUUUCGUUCCAAAGCCUUGUGAAACCCUAGUUUCAGUGCAGUGAGAGAGAAGCUCAAGAGGGAUCCGCGAUACCAGAAGCUGCUGCACAACCAUGGCUACCGCAAGGACUGUGAAAGAUGUUUCUCCACACGAGUUCGUCAAAGCCUACUCUUCUCAUCUCAAGCGAUCUGGCAAGAUGGAGCUUCCAGAGUGGACAGAUAUUGUGAAGACAGCCAAGUUUAAGGAGUUGGCUCCUUAUGAUCCUGACUGGUACUAUAUCAGAGCUGCUUCCAUGGCAAGGAAGAUCUACUUGAGGGGUGGACUUGGUGUUGGUGCAUUCCAGAGGAUAUAUGGUGGGAGCCAGAGGAACGGCAGUCGCCCACCACAUUUCUGCAAGAGCAGCGGUUCCAUUGCCCGUAACAUCCUUCAACAGUUGCAGAACAUGAACAUCAUUGAAAUGGACACCAAGGGUGGCAGGAAAAUCACAUCCAAUGGAAGGAGGGAUUUGGACCAAGUCGCCGGACGUAUUGUUAUUGCACCUUGAUUUGUUAUAUGCUUCUAGUUUUUUAUUUCUGUUUUUGAGAGAUGUGAUGAUCAAAGAUUAUGUGAAAUUUUGAUUUUAGUUACUGAGUGGCUUAUGUAUUAGACUCAUUUAAUGCUAUGUUUUUCUCUAGUCUUUUAGUUGGUUUUGUCA